CAUCACAUGGUUCCAAGGGUGCCCCAUCUUUUAAUAAUAUGCAUUGUUCAGAUGACCAUAAUACGAAUGAGCAGGGUCACGAACAGGGUAUCGGCGAUCGCCUUCAUUGUUGAUAUCACAUUCCUGCCGUCCUGCCCUGACGUAGUGCCUCAACUCGGGUCGAAUGGUCAUUGUGGCCCAUCAUUUCGGAAGCGCAUCUGAUCCAUAAUCCUUUUUAUAUGAACGUGGAUAGGACGAGUACACAAUCAUGAUCUACAACCGUGAGGUUCUUACGACAGACAUUUCCAGCAGCAUCUUGACCCUCACAGAACAGGCAAGGACCGAGCCAGCACUUCCAACACUCUCUGCGGCGCAGCUUCAGGUCGUCACGGUUCCUAGUCGACUGGAAUCGCCUUCAGCCAGUCGAGAAUGGGGAAAUCAAUUUCAGCGGACGUUUGAGGUCUAUGCCGCGCACGUGCUCUCUUAUUACAAGACAAUCGUGAGUCAUGCGGCAAUCUGCGAGCGAAUUAUGGAGGAAUUGAGGGUCCAGUCUUUGGCAGUUCAGGUAGCCCUGACCAAUUUGGACGCCCAUAGCAGGUCCGUGCUGGAAACAUACGAAAAAUUCAAUGCCUUUGCUACCAAGGAGUUGACAAAGCAAGCUCGGCUGCUUCAAUCGUUUCCACGGGAUAUUGAGGCGUUGAGACAGAUCAAGGUACACCCAGCAUUGCUCCCUGCCGAUUCGUCCGACCGCUACAUCUCUGACUUUAUACCAACGGAAAAAUUGGUACUGUGGGCAGAGCGCUGUCAGGAGAUUCACCAAGGCUUGCUGCGAGACGGGAAAGAUCUUUCUCGAUCUAUUACAGAGGUUCAAGAAGGCACCAUUGCAAUCCGGAGCAACAGUGGGAUCAACCUGGAACAGCUUGAGGAUGCCAUGAACGAGAUUAUUCAAACCGUCGAGCAACAGAGCCAGAUCCGGGAACGUGUCAUGAGAGAUCAAACCCGCGUAAAAGAUAAACUGGCAGAGAUUCUUAAGCCCUCUGGAUUUUCGACAUCGACUUCAACGUUGGAGGCGCUUGUGCAAUUGGCGAAUGUCUACAUCACGGACUACAUGGAUACCUCAAGACGUGCGGAUGACAUGCUGCGGGACAAACUCGGCGUAUUCGUAUCUGCAAAGCGAUCUCAAACGGCCAAUCUCAUCACCCAGCUCAUGCACAUUUCGAAACUCCAAUCCACUAUUGCUAGUAUACCACCCAGCCUUGGCAAUUUGGACGAUGCCCUCCGGAAACGCGACGCUGAUUUCAGUCAACUUGUGUAUGUACAGCGGAUCCCGAUCGCAUAUGGUGCAUUGAUAGUGGAAAUCGUCCGCAGGCGGGAAUAUGCGAGGCUUCUUCUUCAAAAGUCCCAACAGCUGGCAGAGGUCAUGUCGCGGUUCAGGCAGCAAGAACAACGCAGGCGCGACACUUUUAGAUCCGAUAUUGCCAAGUUUGUGCCUGUGAUCGUCCCAGGAUUGGAAGAUGUGCCACCGUUUUGUGAGGUUAAUGCUCUCAACACACGCGACCGCCUUCCCCCCUUCACACGGGAACAUGUAGCAGAGUUUGAACGACUGGUGGACCAGCUAAGCAUUGGACAUGAGAGCCAUUUCCUUGGCGCGGAGCAAUCAACCGCCGGCGCCGGCACCAGCUCCAUCAGCAGUGGGCAGGAAACGAACCAGGAUGCGCUUUCCAAACUUCGAACGACCCUCACGAAGAUGACAGCUCACAUGGAUGCCAUGAGCAGCGAAUUCGACCGGCUUCUUGAGAAGACUUUCAUGACUGAGCGAAUCCAAAGACUAGAGGAAGAGAAUGCGCGACUUCGGGCGGACAUGUCGCGAGUUGAGGUUCAGCAGCGCUCGGGCACUCCGCAGCUGGCACAGCACCCAUUCCCACGACACGGUACCCCAGCUGGAGGGGUAGGAGGCUCUGUCGCGCAAGGAUCUACAGCCACUGCCGUAUCAGGAGGCGCUUCUGUCAAUCCACCGACUUCACCGAAACUGUCUCGGAAGCCCUCCAAGGGACACAGCACCGUACCACCCACCCACCGAGCAGACACAGACGAGCAACAGCACAUUUUGCAGCAGCAGGCGCAGCAGAAUCAGCGACUUGUGAAGGAAAAUACUGAGUUGGCCGAUAAGACCAAGGCUUAUGAAGCCAGAAUUCGGCAGCUGGAGGAUAUUCUAUAUCAAAACUUCCGCGCGAGUUCUAGCGCAGAUUCAUCUAUCUCUAGCAAGGAUUCCCGUCAUCAGCCAGCUAUAUCGCCUGUUUCUGAACAACCAUGGAAGUCGCCUGAAGACAUCCAGAAUGCUCGUAGCCAGUCUUUGGCCAGAGAGAGAGAACUAAAGCGGGAUGAGGGGCGAUUGUUGUCACUCGAGCAGGACCUGCAGGAUGCAUAUCAAAAGCUAGAACAGGCCGAGACCAAGAUCCAAAACCAAGAGGACAUUGAAGCUGAGCUGCGUCAAAAACUCUUGGUGUUGGAGUUGCAGUCGGCGACACUCGAUGAAGCGCCUGAGGAGGACAAAUCCUUGAACACCUUGGCGGCCAAGAAGAGAUCGGAAGAACUAGAGGAGCAGCUCAAGGGUAUAACUCUCAAAUACGAGCACUUUAUGAAGCACAAUGAACAGGAGAAGGAAGAGCAGGAGACGCAAAACAAGGCAUACAAGGACCGGAUCGAGGAGUUGUCCAAUCAAUUGGGGCUCGAGAAAGAAAUCCUGGAAGGUCAAUUGGAGCAAGCUAGGCGCACUGCGGAGCAGGCAACUGAGCGAGUGACGGAGUUGGAAAAUGAACUGGCUGUCGUGAAUGAGGAACUCCAGAAUAAGGUCCUUGAGCUGGAGGAGGAACUUGAGAACCAUGCUGCACAGCACGAGGAGGUCACAGCCCGUGUUAAGGAACAAGAGAGGCAACUUGAGUCACACCGAGCAGUCCACAGCGAUAUUUUGGUACAGCUCAAGGGCCAGGAGAAGAAAGCGGCGGAUGCUCAGCUGGAAUGCCAGAAGUUGGAGGAGAGAUAUGCAAAAUUGCAUGAUGUGCAUACGAGCCUGGAAAAGGACCACGAGGCCCUGAGCAGGACUCACACAGACCUCUUUAAGAAACACGCAGACACACAAAAAGCGAAAGAUGAGCUCGCGCAGCAAACCGAAACCCUUCACAAACAGAUAUCGGACCUAGAGGCGCAGCGCGAAGCCUAUAAAGUCGACGUGAACCUGCGACUGGAAGAGGCCAAGACCAUGGUGCGGCGGGCCGAGGAGGACUGGAAGGAGAAGUCCAGACUUCUGGACCAGAUGGAACGCGCCACCAAGGAACUUGCUAAACCUAUCCAGGAUUGUCUGGGCGCACUUGGUCAGGACAAUGCACAGGUCGAGACUGCUACGUUGGAUCGAGUUCGAGAGAGGCUUCAAGACAUUGCGCAGGGCAUUCAGACGUUGGUCAGCAAGCAUCUUCUGGAACAGGCAGAGAUGCGAAAAACUCAUGAAGAUCAUCUGGCCGGGUUGCGUAAAGAGCGUGAGACGAGCGAAGAUAUCCUGAAAUUGACCAUCUCUGAGCUCAAGAAGACCAGCCAGGAGGCUGAAGGGGGAAGGGCUGCGCUUAAGGAUGAGAUGGAGAUGGCGCUCACUCACGCUAAAGAGGAGCUACAGGACAUCAAAGUCUCUUUGAGUACUCUUUCUUUGGAUCUCGGAAUCCCAUUGUCGACGAUUUCCUCCAGGAUGGACUCGCCAGAACUAGCCUAUCCGACUUCAUCAGUACUCCUGGGCACGUCGGAGAAACGAGAGAAGUCCGGAAGUACAGUGCUCUCUCUGCAUCCUAUCCAAGAUACAUCGUCUUCGGCGGUGGCGUCCUCUGGCAAUGGAUCCAGCAGGAGCUCAAGUACAACGGUUCCGCUCUCGAAAGAUAUCUUGCAGACGUUUGAUUUUGAAGACCUGAACGUAGCGGAGGCGACGACUUUGAUCAAGAAGAAGCUGCUUGCCACAGAACAUUUGCUCAAGAGAUGGCAACGUGAGUGCAAGCACCUCAAAGAAAAGUACAACAAGGCAGCAGCAGAAGCCCACGAAAAGAUUGCGUUCCGCAAUUUCAAGGUCGACGACUUGACGCUGUUCCUACCCACACGGAAUUCCAUCUCCAAGCCAUGGGCUGCGUUCAACAUCAAUUUUCCACACUACUUUUUGCAGAUGACGCCAACGAUGGCCAACCAACUCAAAAACAGGGAGUGGAUCGUUGCCAGGAUUACCUCAAUCACCGAGGCAAUUGUCGAUAAGCGACUGGAGGCAGAGGAGGAAGGCGAGAGCUCCACUUCAUUGAGCUCCACUGUAGUGUCUCCUCACAAUCCUUUUGGACUCGCAGACGGGGUCAAGUACUAUCUGCUGGAGGCCACGAGUUGGAAUGGGUAUCAUGGAAGUAGCCACAGACAUAGCAAGGUGUCGUCGUCUGGAACGAGUGGUAGAAGUUCCAAGGACUCUCACAGAGCGAGCAGUAGUCUGCGGCAUACACAGAGUCAAAUUUUAGAGCACAAGAAGACUCAUGAUCACAGCGAUAUUUCAACAUCGCCCGCCCUCGAUGCGGUACCUGUAAGUGAAGCAACCGAGACUACAUCAAGUGCAUUGUCCCAGCUGCCCCCUACGGGCCAGACGAGCACUGUGGUAGGCAAUCGCACCUCGGUCGGUAGUACGUCAGGAUCGGCUCCCAUUACGAUCCCGUACCAAUCUGCGGCCACGAAUGCCCUCCGUGCGAUUUCAAGUUCUGUGGGGAGCACAGGAUCUGGCGGUUCCGGAUCGGUUUCAUCGUUGGUUGCGCAUCACUUGGGAGGCGGCUCUGGAUCAGGGUCCGCAUCGACCAUGGUAGCAAGCAGUCCUCCACGGACGAUGAUCAUGUCGUCUUCGCCUCACAUUACUGGGGUAUCUACGGUCUCAGCGAUGGGAACGACGGUUAGCGUCAGCGGUGGAUCCGCGAGCGGAAGCCAUCCUCAAGCACAUGCGCAGAGUCAUGGUCAUGGUGGUACUUCUCCAAGUCUAGGAUCGGUUUCGAUGUUUGGAUCUUCUAAUGUGCCGAUCCAUCCAAGCCGACUGAGCAUGAGUAGUAACCGAGACGAUUUGGGGCAGUUUGCAGUGUUUGCGACGGAUGAAGAUCAGGAACAGGAUCGACAGAAAGAACAGCAACAGCAGCAGCAGCGGGAGGCCCUUCAUAGAACCACGUCGUCCACAUCAACAUGGCGAGACAUCUAAAUAGAUAGAUUACUAUCACUCUAAUACAUACGUCCAGCAUUUUUUCUUUCUUUCUCUCUUCAGCAGAAUAUCGUACAACGUGUAUAUUGGUGGCAAAGUGGCUAUCAAACUACCCUAAAAUUGGAUGAGUGUAAGGUAAGAGGUGAUGCAAU